GGUAGUGAAGUGACUGGGAAGACCACCGACAUCACAGAGGGCCAUCUGCUUCACUGAAGUCAGAGGAUUGCAGAUGCCAAUUAAAGUGAAAAACACCUUUUCAGCAACAUCUGAAUUGUUCUGCAGCUAUCCAACCAGGAAUAAGAGGAAGCCCAAGGCCCAAAAAACCAACCAUGAUGUCCAGCGAGAGGGACCCGGCAGAACCCAAAGAAAGCCAGCAGAAGAGGAAGGUGGACUGGUCCUGGUCGCUUGUCGUGGCCGCUCUUGUGGGAGCCUUCGGAUCAUCCUUCCUAUACGGGUACAACCUCUCCGUGGUGAACGCGCCCACGCCGUAUAUCCAGGCCUUUUACAAUGCAACCUGGUACAGAAGGCGUGGACAUCCCAUAGACCCUGAUACCUUGACCCUGCUCUGGUCUGUGACCGUGUCCAUAUUCGCAAUCGGUGGCCUGGUGGGGACACUAAUGGUGAAGAGCAUCGGAAACUUUCUUGGGAGGAAGUACACGCUGCUGGCCAAUAAUGGAUUUGCAAUCUUGGCAUCAUUGUUAAUGGCCUGCUCACUCCAGUCAGGAGCCUUUGAAAUGCUCAUUGUAGGACGUUUCGUCAUGGGCGUGGAUGGAGGCAUUGCACUCAGCGCGCUCCCCAUGUACCUCAAUGAGAUCUCACCCAAGGAGAUCCGAGGCUCACUGGGCCAGGUGACCGCCAUCUUCAUCUGCAUCGGCGUGUUUGUUGGGCAGCUGCUGGGCAUACCUGAGCUCCUGGGAAAGGAGAGCACCUGGCCAUACCUGUUUGGAGUGAUCGUUGUUCCUGCCUUGGUCCAGCUGGCAAGCCUGCCAUUUCUCCCUGAGAGCCCACGCUACCUCCUCCUUGAAAAGGAUGACGAGGCAGGAGCCAUGAGAGCCUUCCAAACGUUUCUGGGCAAAGCAGAUGUCUCCCGAGAGCUGGAGGAGGUACUGGCCGAGAGCCGUGUGCAGAGGAACGUCCGCCUGGUGUCCGUGCUGGAGCUGCUGAGGGCACCUUUUGUCCGCUGGCAGGUCAUCACUGUCGUUAUCACCAUGGCCAGCUACCAGCUGUGUGGACUCAAUGCAAUCUGGUUUUAUACCAGUAGCAUCUUUGGGGAAGCUGGGAUCUCUCAGGACAAGAUCCCAUACAUCACGCUGAGCACUGGCGGAACUGAGACCCUCGCUGCCAUCUUCUCUGGCCUGGUCAUCGAGCGCCUAGGACGGAGACCUCUCCUCAUUGGCGGCUUUGGGUUGAUGGCCCUCUUCUUUGGGAUCCUCACUGUGGCCCUCACCCUGCAGGACAAAGCCCCGUGGGUCCCUUACCUAAGCAUCGUGUGCAUCUUGGCCGUCAUCGCCUCAUUCUGCAGCGGCCCAGGUGGGAUCCCAUUCAUCCUGACUGGCGAGUUCUUCCAGCAGUCAGAGCGACCAGCGGCCUUCAUUGUUGCAGGCACAGUCAACUGGCUCUCCAACUUCGCUGUGGGGCUCCUUUUCCCCUUCAUACAGAGAAGCCUGGACUCCUACUGCUUCCUUGUCUUUGCUGCAGUGUGUAUCAUGGGAGCUGUCUACUUCUAUUUGGUCCUCCCGGAGACCAAGAACAGGACUCAUGCAGAAAUCAGCCAGGCCUUCGCCAAGAGGAACAAGGCUCAGCCACCAGAGGAGAAGGAUAACAGCCAGCCUGCGCCAGGUCCAUCCUCCACGCUGGACAGCCAUGACCAAAUCCAAAUGACAAAAUAUGUGAUCUCACUAUAGGAACCCAAGGCUUUCCCGAAACUUAGGUUUCAGCCGAUUGAAGCCAUGUGAGACUCUCAUCCUGGGGUGUUAGCAAGAAGCUGGGGACCAUCAGAUCUCACAGCUGUGUCUUCACAGCUACCCCUUCCAAACUCCCUGGAAGCGUUCCCUAGGUUUGGUACACUCAGCAUUCUACACGGACCAAAGGUUGCCCUCUUCAUGACUGAACCUGUAGUUUUGAAAUUAAGUUGGGGGAAGGGGAUCAGGUUGCCUACUCAAAGGAAGGUCUUUUCAUCUGAUGGACACUCCUUGUAGAGGGAAUGGCAGACCUGGACUUGUCCCACCUAUGCUGUUGCUAAGCAACCCUGACCUGCCCUUGGCCUCCAGCCUCCAGACUCCUGGGCUUGGUCCUGCAUGGAGGCUUUCUGACACCCAUGAGAAGAUUCUAGGUCGACACUAACAAAUGCCUGUUGCUAAUCUACCUCUGUCCUGUGGAUCUGAGGCUUUGGAACACCUCUUACCAGUCCACCAUCUUGCUGAACCUACCGAGACAGGCUUUGUCCCCAGCGCUCAAGGUUUCCAGGUCUGAGGCUGUCUUUAGUUUAGACUGUUACAGGAGAACACACAGACAAUCAAUAAAUAAGAUUGUUAGGAAUUUUUCCUAAUGCGAGCUCUCUGCUGAUGCAAAAGUGCCAAUCAAGCCAAAUCACAACAAGCCAAAUUUUAAAAAUAUCCAGGUUUAAUGGGAUUCUUGCGCUCUCGGGUGACCCUGAGGGGGAACCAGGAGGAUGCGAACGUGACCACCAUUCCGGGGAGAGGAAAGAGACCAGGAGGAAACUUUCUAGGGAAGCAGUUUAAAUAGACUGAGGGCAUGGUCAAGAUUUUAGCAGGCUCGUCUUGAUCCUCCUCCGGGGAGGGGUCAAGACUUGGCAGACACAGGGACGGGGCCUCCAAAGAUGGAGGCCAGAGACCAGGGUUUACAAAUAUGAGGAAGAACUUUCCAGCAACUAGGGGGCAGAGACUACAAGUUGAGCUCUGAACACUGAGAAUGACUCUAAGACUAAACCUAAAUAUGAUGGGAAAGAACACUGAUUGUUCUGGGAUUGAUUAGUAGUGCUGAUUGUUCUGGGAUUGAUUAGUAAUGCACUCGUGUCUGACAGAGAAGAUGGAGACUCACAGCACUAUUGGUGAGGUGUGGUGCCAUCAGUACUGGGUGAACUGUGGUGUUGGGACAUGUAGCAGGAGGAGUUGGGUGGAAGCUGAGAAAGGAAUGCCUUCCCAGACAAGGGACAGAGCAGAGCCAGGACCAGUGUGACUGUGAGGCCAGAGGACAGUGAUUAUUUUUGCAUGUUCUUAUAUUUGAAACUGUAAUGAGGCUACACUAAAGACAUUUUUUGAAAAAUACAUUUCCUAGUAGAA